AUGCAUUGGACAAUUUUCGCCUCUUUUAUGAGGCUGGUGUCUCUCCUACUUCUCGCCGGCACGGCAUCCGCUCAAGCAAAGUACGAGGUUCAAAAGCCUCCCCUCGACACCGACUGGACCUACAAGGUCGGAACGAACCCAUGGCCAGAGUAUCCACGACCUCAGCUUCGCCGCGAUGCAUGGAAGAGCCUCAACGGCAUCUGGACAUGGAAAGCCGCCAAUGGCGAGAAGGACGUCGAGAACCUCCCGAAAGCUGGAGCAUUGGAGCGCGAGGUGCUUGUCCCAUCGUGCAUUGAAAGCGCUCUCUCUGGGCUUCAGAUUCUUGAUGUGCGGGACAUGUGGUAUGAGACAAAGUUUGAGGUUCUAGAGGAAUGGAAGGAUCGCAAGGUAUUGCUCAACUUUGAGAGCGUCGACUACAAGGCUACCGUGUUUGUCAACGGUGUCAAGAAGACGACUCAUAUUGGCGGAUAUGACCGGUUUACUAUUGACGUUACCGAGAACGUCAAGUUUGGUGCCUCGAAUGAAUUGCUCGUCUUUGUCCACGAUCCGACAGACUCCGAUAUCAUACCCAUUGGCAAGCAGACUUUGAAGCCUAGUCACAUUUUCUAUCGUUCUUGCUCGGGGAUCUGGCAACAGGUGUGGAUCGAGGCUGUGCCCGAGGAUCACAUCACGCAGCUUGACGUUGCUGCAGGCUCUGACGGCAAGGUUUCCGUGACUGUGCAUACUUCACAGCAAGCCAAGGGAUUCUUCCAGUUUGCCCUCCUUGACGCAGAUGGGAGCACAAAGGCAACACACUCUGGAGUCACGAAUCAAGAGUUCACCUUUACCGUCGAAUCACCCAAACUAUGGUGGCCCGACUCUCCUGCUCUCUACAAUUUCACCGUCGCUCUAGAAAGCGGUGACAAAGUCCACAGCUACACGGGUUUCCGUACCAUCACCAAGGGAAAGGUGGAUGGUGUCACUCGACCGCUUCUUAACGGCGAAUUUGUCUUUCAGUUUGGGACUCUCGAUCAGGGAUUUUGGCCCGAUGGCCUGUACACGCCUCCGAACCGCGAGGCUAUGAUCUAUGACUUGCAGCUUCUCAAGAAGUUUGGCUUCAACUCCAUUCGCAAGCAUAUCAAAGUCGAGCCAGAUCUAUUUUACCAGGCUUGUGAUCAACUCGGCCUCAUGGUUAUCCAGGACAUGCCCAGUCUUCCCGCUAGUCGCGACCGCAAGCCUGACUCGAAGCAGCAAGCCGAGUUCAAGCGGCAGCUCGAGGUGGUCAUUAACCAGCACAAAAGCUAUCCUUCUAUUGUUACCUGGGUCAUCUACAAUGAAGGCUGGGGUCAACAAACUGUCUCGCCACCGCCCGAGAAAGACUUGACACAUCUCGUCCGCCAACUAGAUAAGACGAGACUCAUCAACUCUGUCAGCGGGUGGGAUGAUCAUGGCUUCGGUGACUACCAUGAUAACCACAACUAUGCUGAGCCUCAAUGCGGCACCCCCUUCUACUCACAACCAAAAACGCCAUACGACCCCGAACGAAUCGGCAUCGCUGGCGAGUACGGUGGCAUUGGUCACAACGUCUCCCUUGAACACCUCUGGAACGUCAAAGAUGCCAUCGCCACCAUCAAAGACACCUACGAGAUCAACGAGAACCUCGAAUCUUACAACUAUCGCGCCAGUGUUCUAUUCCGCAACAUUCGCGAGCAGACGCAGCGUUUCGCCUGCAGUGGCGCCAUUUACACGCAGACCACAGACGUGGAGGGCGAGGUCAACGGUUUGGUGACGUAUGAUCGCCGGUUUCUACGGCCGCAGCUUGAGAAAUGGCAGGAUGAUAUACAGAGCCGUCUGAUCAUCAUGUCCAAGCCUACACAGCCAUCAACGGACUUCUUCGAGAAGCAGCCAGGAGAAGUAAGCGAGCCAGGUCACAAGCGCACCGAGCUUUCCAAAGCACCCAGUGAGGGCCGUGAUGACGACUGGCAGAUAGUUACCGAAGAAGACGGCAAACCACCCCGAUUCUGCGGAACGCUCGUCACGGCGCAGGGCGAUUUUAGUUUUGGGCGGGGGAAAUCGAAGCGUACUCUAUUCACCUACCACAUGGGGUAUGCCGAUGGGCAUACGCACUGGUCAGAUGACGAAGAGGCGGGUGAAGGAAAACAAGAUAAGAAAAGAGACAUCUCGGAAAAGGAUAGUCAUGGCGCUUAUGAAGCAAAGAAAGACGCUGUAAAGGCAGAGUAG